AUGCAGCGGGUUUGGACUUUUAAAAAUGCAGUUCCAAGAGUUCUUCCUAUAAGGAAUGUCUAUAAGAAAGCCCAAGAUGAUGCAUAUCGGCUCGCAACGGCAGUCGUUGAAGAAUACUCUGGGAAAAAGCGUAAAGAAUUAAAGCAAGCAUUAGCUAGCUCCGAAGGCAAGGAAACUGCUCGUGUUAACAUGCUAAGAAUUCUAUCCGAAAUAAAUCUUCCAAGUGUUCGAUCCAAGUUUUAUGAUGGUGAAUACGACUACUCACGUCCAGUGUUCCUUCACUUGUUGAAACAAAAGUGGGAAAGCCAUGACAAAUUGCUACUUCUUCAAAGACUCGAGCAAAUGAAGGUUAUAAAGGAUUUAGGACUUACAUCGUUUCAGCCUACUGUAGACGUUCAUUUGAAGUUUUCAAAACAGGAGGCAACCGAUGUCGUCCCUGGUUCAAUUAUACCAGCUGAGCAAGCAUGUUCUGAACCAUUGCUCCAGGUUCUUCCAUUCAAUACCGAAGAACAUAGUUACACCAUAGCCACGCUAGACCUAGAUGUGCCGAAUUACGAAACCAACCAAUUUCAGACAUCCUGCUUAUGGUUAGCUUCCAACGUACCUAUCAAGGCUUCCGAUCGUUCUACUAUACGACCAUCCAACUGUUUGAUACCAUAUUCCCCUCCCAUUGUGCACAAAGGAGAAGACAAGCAUCGUAUUGUGACUUUGGUUUUGCAACAACAAAGCCCAUUAGUUGAGCUGGAUUUAAGUAAGAUACAAAAGGAAAACGUGAACAUCCGUGACAUCUGCGCUCAAUACUCCUUAACACCUGUUGGCUCCCACUUGUUUAGAAGCCAAUUUGAUGAGGGCACUGAAAAGUUCCUUUCGGAACAUCCAAAUGUGGAUAAUUAUAUUCCUUUUGAGGUAAAGCAAGAUUUCCCCUAA